UGGCUGACACCACAACUCGGUCUUUCCGGGUCGUUCCACGCCUCACGCAUACUUCUGCAGAGCUGGCCCGGAGGAGGACCCGACAGGACGCUGUCUGAGAACAGAAAUGAAUAAAAGCAGCAAGCAGAGUAGGAAAAAAUACGGGAGGAGAAGCCGCUCACAGAACUGUUGGUGCAGACAGCGCAGUUCCAGUGAGAGGUGCCUGACAGGGGCCCGGCAGAGAUCACCGGACUCUGACCACAGUGACGAGGAGUCCCCAGUGACCUCACCCAACACCACUGGGGAUACUUCCACACGAGAUCUACCGGGAUAUUACUUUGACCCUAAAAAGAACCGCUACUUCCGCUUGCUACCUGGACAUAACAACUGCAACCCCCUCACGAAAGAGAGCAUCCGGCAAAAGGAAAUGGAGAGCAAAAGACUACAGCUGCUAGAGGAAGAGGAACAGAAGAAAAAGAGAGCAGCCAGAAUGGGGUUUAAUACAUCUUCCUUCCUACGAAAAAGCCAGCUGGGUUUCCUUAGCGUCGCCAGUUACUGCCGCUUAGCCCACGAGCUGCGAGUGAGCUGCAUGGAGAGAAAAAAGGUUCACAUUCAGAGCUCGGAUGCCUCCGUCCCGACGAGCGACCCGUUCAGCCUCAUCCUGGUGGAUACCAACAGUGACCGGCUCUUCACGGUGAAUGAUGUUGAUGUUGGAGGCUCAAAGUAUGGCGUCAUCAACCUGAGUGGUCUGAAGACUCCUGCGCUUGAGGUGCACAUGCAUAAAAACUUCUACUUCACCAACCGCAAGGUGAAUUCUGUGUGCUGGGCCUCACUGAACCACUUGGAUUCCCACGUUCUGCUGUGCCUCUUGGGAUUUGCAGAGACUCCGGGCUGUGCCACUCUGAUCCCAACGUCGCUGUUCACCAGCAGUCACCCAGGUGUAGACCGCCGUGGCAUGCUCUGCAGUUUCCGGAUCCCUGGUGCCUGGUCCUGUGCGUGGUGUCUGAACAUCCAGGCAAACACCUGCUUCAGUACCGGCUUGUCUCGGCGGGUCCUGUUGACCAAUGUAGUGACAGGACACCGGCAGUCAUACAGGACCAACAGUGACGUUCUCACCCAGCAGUUUGCCAUCAUGACUCCUUUGCUGUUCAAUGGCUGUCGCUCUGGGGAGAUCUUUGCCAUUGAUCUGCGUUGUCGAAGUCAAGGCAAGGACUGGAAGUCCACCCGCCUGUUCCAUGACUCGGCGGUGACCUCUUUGCGGAUCCUCCAGGAAGAGCAGUCCGUGUUGGCAUCCGACAUGGCUGGAAAGAUCAAGCUGUGGGACCUGAGGACCAUGAAGUGUCUGAGGCAGUACGAAGGUCAUGUGAAUGAGUAUGCCUGCCUGCCCUUGCAUGUGCACGAGGAAGAAGGAAUCCUGGUGGCAGUGGGCCAGGACUGCUAUACAAGAAUCUGGAGCCUCCAGGAUGGCUACCUGCUCAGAACCAUCCCCUCCCCAUACCCUACCUCCAAGACUGACAUUCCCAGUGUGGCCUUCUCUUCUCAGCUUGGAGGAGAGCAAGGAACGCCAGGGCUGCUCAUGGCCGUCAGGCAGGACCUUUAUUGUUUCUCCUAUGUCUGAUUCUGCGGGGGGGGGGGGGGGGGGGGGGGGCAGCCCGGAAGAGUGUGGGUUUACCUAAAAAGUAAAGAGUGGCUUAUUUGCGAUUGUAAUGAGGGGAUUUAAAGUGAUACCUGUGGGUGCAGCUUUCAUCCCUGUGGCUGCUGGGAGCAAGGUGCUAAAGGUUUGAUAUGAAGACACUUCAGUAAAGUUGUUACAGUUAAAUCUGGGCUCAGAGA